AUGGAAUUUCGGUUCACCGCUUCGGGCAUUACGGCUGAUAAGCAGAAAACGGCAACAGUGUUAGCAGCUCUCGCCCCAAACGACUUAAGUCAACUGGGCGACGUCAUUGCAGCGCUCCCACAAAACGACAGAUUCGACUACGUUAAGCAAAAAAUAAUCGAGCAUUUUGCCGAUAGCGAACAGCAGUGGCUCAACUGGGUACUCUCGGAGCUACCUCUUGGCGACAAGAAGCCGUCCGAGCUUUUCUUCGAGAUGAGGCGCGUCGCAGGCAAUACUCUUGGCGAUGCUGCUCUCAAAAGCCUCUGGAUUAAGCGUUUACCAGAGUUCGCGCAGCCAGUAGUAGAAGCUUCGUCUGGCUCAGCCGCGGAGUACACGAAGAUAGCCGAUCAGCAGCUCAAUCGCGUUAAGUCAACACCCUCCAGCGACAUUCAUGAACUACGCGCUGUUGUUAUGGAACUUGGCAAAAAAUUCGACAAGCUCACAACUCGCUCACGCUCGCAAAGUCGUAGGCGAACAAACAUACGACAGACAUCGCGACAGCUCUAA